CGAGCACCCGUUCUUUACGGCUCCCGAGGUUUCGCUGGUUUCGUUACUAUACGAUAUUUUUUGGUCCUGGCGAGCGUAGCCGCUUCAAUUGGUUACAAGUUUGGCAUCGUCCAGAUUAGUGCCGACUCCUUCGAUGUCUUCAACAACUACGUCUUUAUGAUGACUCCGCCGCCUCUAAAUGGUCUCCACAACGGCGCCAUUAGCCCAUGGUUUAGCGAUCAGCCGGCCUCCAUGGGGGCUAAUCAAGCUUUCACUCACAAAGUCGUUGCGGGUGAUGAUGACACUGGUGUCGACGUACUUGAACCGCCAUUGAGCAUCAUAAUGACCGGGUGUUGGCAAGAUGUUUCACAUCUCUUCCAGCAUUCUGACUGGGGACAAAUGUAUUCACGCGAAAUUGUCAUGGUGGCCAAUAAGACGGAGGAGAAGGGCUCCUUCUUCAUGACCACAAACCAUACUGGAUGGACACGUACGCAAACUUCCAAUAGGACCUGGAUUAGCAAGUCGGGACCUGACCAAGCGGUGGUGGACUAUCGUAUCGUGGAACCUGGCAAGGUGCAGAUCCAAUGGGCACGACUUGGGUGCUGGUACAGCGGUGAAUGUGACAACAGCAGCGACUCAACCAACCAGUCUGUGGCACAUCGCCUAACAUACACCAUGCACUACGCGGUUGCGGAGGUUUCGAGGGAGCUCUACCAGGGAGGGUCUUUGCGGGUUAUGGACGGAGGAGUAACAAUCUUCUCCAACGAUGAAAACCCCCCAGCCACGGAAUAUCGCAACGGCUCAUUGCCGCAUUAUGAGAACUGGGUGGAUGCCAUCAUAUCCAGCGACGAAUCAUCCGUUUUGUACGGCGUCAGCGCCUUUGUUAGGGCUGUGAUGGCAGGCUGGGCCUCAGUAGGAGUGGAAAAGUUUGACGGGCGAGGGAUUGCGAUUUUGAAUCCAGAGGACGAGCCAUUCGGCACCGAAGAAACACAGAAAGGCCUCCUCGCCUCGGCCUACCAUCUCAAUACCACGCAGUACCCCUUCUUCAAAGGAGUUCGAUCCGCGACGUUGACGGGGUGCUAUCGUACUGCGGCGUAUCUGUUCAUACUCUUAGGGGCCAUCUCCUUUCUUGUCGGGCUAUUUCGAAUCUGGCUAGGCCCGCCUUCAGUUACUUCUUGGAUGGGCCAGCAUGUGUAUCUGGCUCUUGGCGGUGCAGUGUCGAUAGAAGGGAACCCGGAUGAUCUAGCUACGGGCUAUAAGGCUGCGCCACGGGGGCUUGGGAGACUACGAUUGACAUCAGAUGCGACGCUUUCUUCACACUUGCUGAGAGUGGCAAAACGGGAGGAUGAACCUGACGCAUGAAUUUGCGCAUCAUGGUAGAUGUAAUGAGUGCGUAUACUGCACAGUAGCUCCGGUCUUAGUUAAUUGCU